AGCCUUGCUACUUACCUGAAAUGUCACUAUACAAUGAAUAGAUGCUGAAGUCCAGGACUCAGUAACACUCUUCUAUGGGUGACACCUGCAAAAGUUGAGUUCCUGUAAUGAACUUCUCAAGGUAUUAAUUUCUAUAAUAUAAUUUCUGUAGUCCAAAGAACCAGACUUUCACAGUAUUAUAAAUUUCAGGUUUUAUCCAGGUAUAUCUUCUGUUAUCAGAAUAAAAUUAAUGCCAGAAGUUCCUACUCUAAAUACAGACUGCAAUUCAGUCAUCUUGGCGUUUGAAAAUACAGUAGUUUGUAACCAUUGUUGGAGCAGACCUAGGUCCUAUUUACCAGUUUUUAAGAUGGCAGAACAAUCUCUAUUCCACUUCCUUAUUUUCAGAUGCUCUGUUUUCUGAAACACUAAUUUUGUGUGCAGUGAUUUGGGUUUGGGCUCGGGCUCUGCCCAAAAAUUAAAACUUUAGCAAAUUGCUUUAAGAUAUUGUUAACUAUUGUCAACUACUUCCUCACCUUCCUCUUCCCCAUACUAGUGUACUUGUGACCUCUUCUCUCUUGUUUUGAGAACUCAAAAACAUCUAAACUUAGAAACUGGAAUCCUAGCAUGUCUGUUGCUCAAUAAGCACUGUAUGAUUUAAGUAACAAAAGACUGAUAGUUCCUGCUCCCCAUGGUACAGUGGCCAUAGCUUAGUUAUUUUACCAUCAGAGUCCUAGGUGAAUGGAAGUCAUAAGCUUAUAUGCUUAUCUAUUCCACUGACUUUAUUACUCUGCAUCCAUCUAGUUAGGGCUUGCAUCACCCUACAAGGCUGGCAAAUAUUACUUUAGUAGACAGAGAAGCUGAGGUACAAAGGUUCUGAUUUUGGCCAAAGGCAGUUCCUAAUUGAGCUGUGAUUUAUAUAUAAUCCCACUGCGUAAACCCAAGUGUUAUCUAGUAGGGUACAGCAGAGAGUAUGCUGGUCUCUGAUUUCUUAGUGACUGAAAAAGAUGAAAUGUUCUUGCUGGGUUCUUAGACUUAACAGCAGAAUAUGGAGCUAUGAGUAUUUGUUAACUCUGCUUUGGAUCCUGAAUGUGAUCAUGCGGGGUAGGAUCAUUCCAAUUAUUCAGAAUGAUCCAAGAAGAGGAUGCUGGAUAACUAGCCUCCCUGAGCAUGUGCUGCCUGGGGAUUUUACUAAAUUCUUUUCAUUCCUAUUUUGACACUCUGCUUUUUUAAAAAGCUUAUGUGACAAAAGCCAAGUGGGAGGACCUAUUUUUAUAGAGGCACAUCCUUAUAGUCUUACUCUCCUCAACAGCAGCUGUAAAUUCUGCAUGUGUUGUGGUCAUAGGCAAUUACACUCAGCAUUACUGGGUACCAGAACAUCUAAUUGAAAAUCCUUGUGCAUUAACUUACAACACCAUUUUAGGUCUAAGCUUAGAAAGUUUAGCAUAUCGAAAACUGCAAGGAGACAGCAUGCCAAGCCGCUUGUGGCUUUGUUUUUUCAACGUAGUAGUCUUCCCAAAGAGGAACAGCAACCCCAAUUGAGGAUAUUACAAAACUCCUUAAACCGCUGGAUCAAUAUUUUGGCUAUAUGUAGUAUUUCCAUAAAUGGUUUGUAUGGUGUAUCUUUAACAAACUUCUAGGGCACCAGUCUGCUUCCCCCUGCCAGAGUAUGUUCUCCUAGAACAGUCAUUUAGGCCGUAAACCUUGCAGGGGCAGGAACUAGCCCUUUAUGCCUGGACAGUAUCUAUCAUGUUGUUGAGACUGCAAGGGCAAGAACUAUUAAGGGAGCAUCAGUGUGAGCCAGAGGCUGACCUAAGAUGUGCUAUGGGCCUGGAAAUUUCAACUUGGUAGGUAAAGGGUAGCCCAAGGUGCUUAAAUAUAUGGAAACUGCUGCAUCACCUAGAAUCUCAUCACAAAUGAAGCAUGACCUUAUCUCAUUCAAUGUUUGCUGUAUGUUUGGGCCAAGCAAUAAAUCUUAUGUGCUCACAGGGCUACAAAAUUGCACUGUAGAUAUCUGGGCUAGGGCUGGCGACUGGGCUCUGGGAUUCCAUGAGGGAGGAGGGUCUUUAAUGGUGUCUUUGUUUUGGGGAAAGGAUCUGUCCCUUUCCUACCUGCCACACACACAAUUGUCCUUGGUUGCUUUAAUCUCCCUUUCAGCUUGGGGCCGCAUAUCAUGGCACUGCUGUCUAUUUCCUUUCUAGCACUUUCCCGCAAACCAAAGGGAGCGUCUUUCCCUGACAAUGAAGGCAGAAAGAUGAAAAAUGGAAUCAGGUGGGCAAGGUCAGAAGGACGGGCUUUUCCAAAGUGCCUCUGGGCCUCUGCUCCCACGGCAGGCAGUUGGAGCUGUACACGCACUUCAGUGGGAGCAAAGUCAGGCCGGUGACAAGCACUUCCAGAAAUCCCACACCAACGCUCUAUGGCAGUUACCUAGUGUCUACAGCACACAAUAACUUCAAGGUUGUUUGUUAACACAGUGACACUCAGCGUUCUGGCUGGGGCCAGCUAAUGCAGACAGACCGCAGCCUUUCCUGCAGCUCUGCCAAAGCUCCUCCCGCCCUGCCAGCCCAGCUCCAAGUACAGCUUUAGUUGUGCUGAGCGGUGUGGUGUUUGCUAAUGUGUCCACUAGGGACCAGGCUAUGACCACCCAACUCCCUCUCACUUCCGCCCAGAGCCAGAGAAAAUGCUGAUGCUGCCUCUCCUGCCAUCCAUCAGGCCCUGUAUCAUAUGUGUAUGACUAUAGAUUAGAAUGACUCUUUCUUGUCUACCUCUGUUUCUCUUAGUAACCAGGUAACACUGCAGCAGUGCCCUUCAUGGUGUAGACUCCUAUUAAAACAGAGCCAUCUGAAAGACGAUCUGCCUGUAAAUGGCAUGGCUGAACCCUGUCCUGGAAAAAAAUUCCAAGGCUUUUACAACUACUACUAAGUAAAACAUUGUGGCUAUACCUAAAUAUGAGCAGAACUCAUCCUCAGAGAAAUUUUGGUAGAAUCUCAUUUGAUUCAACAAAGUUCUCCCCUGAAGAAAGAGAUCACUGCCAUGAAUGCAGGGCAUGUUUAAGUUGUACUCGAAGAUGCCUCUGUAUCUCCAUUAUUGCGCUGCUUGCACUUGGCGUCGUAGGUGCUGUCAUUGGUUUUGCUGUCACAUUUGGACUCCCACCACCCACUCCAGUGAACCGUUUCUGUGUGACUUCAGGUAACCAGACUGGCUUUUUAUGUGAUGACAGAGUGACUUGCCUUCCAGCCAGUAGGAUCUGCAACAGAAUCAGAGAGUGUGUUAAUGGAGAGGAUGAGCAGGAGAAAUUAUGUAAUGAUUUGCCCAGUAGCCUUCCAGGAUACUUGAUCUUCCGCUGCAGCAACCCUGUAUACUGGAUCUAUGCUGAUAAGAAGUGUAAUGGCGCAAAUGACUGUGGAGACUGUUCUGAUGAAAAGGGGGCCUUGGCUAGCUGCCCUCCUUGCGGGACUCAGUGGUGGAGCUGCACACCAGUGUUUUACGAGUAUUGCACCUGCAUUCCCAGGGCCCUCUGCCGAGACAGAAUCCAGCACUGCUCAGACUGGUCCGAUGAGUAUGCCUGCAAUAGAUGAAGUACCUAGAGCCAAGAGGUAGCUACGCCCCCUCAGGGCAUGGUCUGCAUUCUCACCUGCUAGUCUUCUGCUGCUGCUGCUUUAAUACCCUGGGUUGAAGCUUUUGUUUGAAAAUGGCAUGGCCUAGCGGUUUCCUGACUACCAUGCAACAGCACUGAAAGGAGGAGGAGUACUAUAUAACAGACUCAGCAGAGGACUGGAAACUAGGAAUCGCACAGUUCUAAUCCUGUCUGUUGCUGACUCGCUGUGAGAUCAUGGGCAAGUCGCUCACCUUACUAUGUCUUGGUUUCCCCAUCUGUAAAAUGGGGAUAAUAAUACUGCUCUACCUCCCAGGGUGUGGUGAUGGUAAACUAGUUACCACCUGUAAAGUACUUUGAAGAUACACAGUGCUACCUAUGGGUUGAGGUUGUGAUUGUUGAGUUGUAUAUGCAAGUCUGCAGGGAGAGGAGGGAAAUUACAGUAGACAGGAAAUUAGUUUUUCUUUCCUUUUUAGGGAAAAAAACGACAAAUACAGAUUAAGUAUCAACUAAAAUAAUAAUAAAACCAAUAAGUGACCUCACACUCUUUUUGGUUUUGAUAACAGCAGUCAUUGCUAAUUGAUCUCUAAUCUGUUAGCAUGAAAGGAGGAGAAAUUCCCUGAGUCUUUUAUAGCUCUAAACUAUAUGAAACCAGGUCGCAUUGCUGUCUACCUGUUUAAAAAAAUAAAUCGUGGUAAAUAUCCCCUGAAAUUAAAUUGGGUCUAUUUCUUUUCUGCAGAACUAUUUCUGAUGUGAAAAUGAGGGGGAAUUUUAAUAUAAGGCUUUUAAAAUAAGUGAUAUAAAAAUGUUACCUGUAUUCUUCCAUCAGUUUGUUGUUGUGAGGGACGGAGACACCAUUUGUUAGCAGUACUGUAUACGUUGUGUUGUAGUAUCUCCUUUUGUGACUGAUCAUAAAGCAGUCCCUCCAGGUGUAUGUGUAAGACCCAGUUGCUCAUCCCACGGUGAAAUAGUAGUGACUUUAUAGGGGGUCAGGUGGACAAGAUGCGAUGGUGGGCAAAGGGCCACCCCAAAAAGUGAGGUGAGCACAGAAGUGUACAUUAGAGUUGGGUAGAACAGUCUGAGCUCUGCACGUGUGCAGGUGUUACAUGGGAGCCUUUCUAGCCCUGAACUUCGAGUGUCCAUCAUCAUGUCCUUUCUGUGCUUCAGCACUUAGGAGUAGGACCUCUUCACAAUCCCCAAGCAGAAAACCCAGUGCUCUGUGGCAGAAACCAGAUGCCUAAAUGAAUGACCACAGGUACCAAGCAGAACACAGAAACAGCUACAAUUUCAAACAGAGGAAAAGGCAGAGAGGAGAAACCCACCUUACAAAACCACUUUGCCUGCAAAGCCAUUCAGCAACAACCUACUAAAGGCUAUCUUUCUGUCAGGCUUCCAGACUGGUCCCUCAGGUGGAGUAUUGUUUGUUUUGCCUGUAUUAUGUGUCUGAGCCCUGGUCUACACUAGGACUUUAGGUCGAAUUUAGCAGCGUUAAAUCGAUUUAAACCUGCACCCGUCCACACAAUGAAGCCCUUUAUUUCGACUUAAAGGGCUCUUAAAAUCGAUUUCCUUACUCCACCCCUGACAAGUGGAUUAGCGCUUAAAUCGACGUUGCCGGCUCGAAUUUGGGGUACUGUGGACACAAUUCGAUGGUAUUGGCCUCCGGGAGCUAUCCCAGAGUGCUCCAUUCUGACCGCUCUGGACAGCGCUCUCAACUCAGAUGCACUGGCCAGGUAGACAGGAAAAGAACCGCGAACUUUUGAAUCUCAUUUCCUGUUUGGCCAGCGUGGCAAGCUGCAGGUGACCAUGCAGAGCUCAUCAGCACAGGUGACCAUGAUGGAGUCCCAGAAUCACAAAAGAGCUCCAGCAUGGACCGAACGGGAGGUACGGGAUCUGAUCGCUGUUUGGGGAGAGGAAUCCGUGCUAUCAGAACUCCGUUCCAGUUUUCGAAAUGCCAAAACCUUUCUGAAAAUCUCCCAGGGCAUGAAGGACAGAGGCCAUAACAGGGACCCGAAGCAGUGCCGCGUGAAACUGAAGGAGCUGAGGCAAGCCUACCAGAAAACCAGAGAGGCGAACAGCCGCUCUGGGUCAGAGCCCCAAACAUGCCGCUUCUAUGAUGAGCUGCAUGCCAUUUUAGGGGGUUCAGCCACCACUACCCCAGCCGUGUUGUUUGACUCCUUCAAUGGAGAUGGAGGCAAUACGGAAGUAGGUUUUGGGGACGAAGAAGAUGAUGAGGAGGAGGUUGUAGAUAGCUCACAGCAAGCAAGCGGAGAAACCGGUUUUCCCGACAGCCAGGAACUGUUUCUCACCCUAGACCUGGAGCCAGUACCCCCCGAACCCACCCAAGGCUGCCUCCUGGACUCAGCAGGUGGAGAAGGGACCUCUGCUGCAUGUGUUUCAAUGAUCACAGGAUCUUCUCCUUCCCAGAGGCUAGUGAAGCUUAGAAAGAAAAAAAAACGCACUCGCGAUGAAAUGUUCUCCGAGCUCAUGCUGUCCUCCCACACUGACAGAGCACAGACGAAUGCGUGGAGGCAAAUAAUGUCAGAGUGCAGGAAAGCACAAAAUGACCAGGAGGAGAGGUGGAGGGCUGAAGAGAGUAAGUGGCGGGCUGAAGACAGGGCUGAAGCUCAAAGGUGGCGGCAGCGUGAUGAGAGGAGGCAGGAUUCAAUGCUGAGGCUGCUGCAGGACCAAACCAGUAUGCUCCAGUGUAUGGUUGAGCUGCAGCAAAGGCAGCUGGAGCACAGACUGCCACUGCAGCCCCUCUGUAACCAACCGCCCUCCUCCCCAAGUUCCAUAGCCUCCACACCCAGACGCCCAAGAAC